AUGGAAGAUAUAAAUACAAGAGAAAAUAAGAAGAUCAAAUCACAAUUAUCAAAUCAAUCAAAUUUAGUAUCGUCAUUAUUCAAUCAUGUUAGUUCUAUUCAUCAACAAUUAAAGAAUACAACUGUUAAAGUAUCACUCUGUUAG